GUAUAACAUGCAUUACAUCUUACAUUUGCUCAAAUACCGGUUGUGAUUUUCUUAAUGGCUGUGCAGAUAUUUGGCACGUUUGUGAGUCUUGUGUUCUUAGGUCAGGCUUUCACCAUCAUGCUUGUGUACAUAUGGAGCAGGAGGAACCCAAACGUGCGCAUGAAUUUCUUCGGCCUUUUGAAUUUCCAGGCCCCCUUCCUCCCGUGGGUGCUCAUGGGAUUCUCUCUGCUGCUGGGAAACUCCAUCAUUGUAGAUCUUUUAGGCAUCGCAGUGGGACAUGUGUACUACUUUUUGGAGGAUGUGUUUCCCAACCAACCAGGUGGAGGCAGAUGGCUGAGGACUCCCUCCAUCCUGUGAGUGCUAAUGUCUCAGGUCUUCACAAUGUCAAGGGCUUAUAUGUAUUCAAGGCAAAUGGUGUAUACACUACCAU